AAACAAAGUGUAUUCUAUUUGAGUGAUCCUUGGAUGCAAAUGAGCCAAUAAGACUUCUACAGAAUUGAAUGAAAUCAUUUUCCUCAUACUCGAUUUUAGAGUAAAUCUUUAUACAGAAUCAUAGAACAGUUCUAAAUUUUAAAAUCCAUAUUUAUAGUGCCGAAAAGUCAUUUUAAUUUAUAUUUAUACUGUGAAUAUUCAGACAUAUUUCAAAAAUCUAAUAUGAAUGCCAAUGAAACAGAAAUGUUCAACGCCAAACCCCCAGAGUACAAGGAAUUCGAAGAUGAUCGUCUUCUGUUCAACGAGGAAUCCAUCAGGAAAGCCUUCAUCAGGAAGGUCUACCUCAUCCUCACCUUCCAGAUGCUCGUCUCCCUCGGCUUCAUAGUAUGGUUCCUCUUCGACCACCAGGUCAGCUACUACGUAGCCACACACUCUUGGGUAACCUUGGGAUCCAUGACAGCAGCUAUAAUCCUCCUCAUAUUUCUCCUCUGUUGCGAUCUCCAUAGACAAUACCCCCUGAACAUAAUCCUGCUGGCGGCCUUCACCAUCACCGAGUCCAUACUAUUGGCUUCCAUCUCAGCCUUCUUUGGCACCAAGAUCGUCAUGAUAGCUGCCGGUAUAACCGCUGUGGUGUUCCUGUCCUUGACGAUCUUCUCCUUCCAGACCAAGUGGGAUUUCACGAUGCAGGGAGGCGUGCUGUUGGUGUUCAUGGUGGUGCUGUUGAUGUUCGGCCUGCUUACCAUCUUGUUCCCAAACAGGACCAUGAUUUUGAUCUAUUCCUCCUUCGGAGCGUUGCUCUUCGGCGUCUACAUCAUCUACGAUACCCAGCUGCUGAUGGGAGGUGGUCAUGCGAUGGCCAUCUCCCCUGAAGACUACGUCGUUGCCGUUUUGACCCUCUACAUGGACAUUAUCAAUUUGUUCGUUCUCAUUUUGAACUUGGUGGGUGGAUCAUCGCGUAACUGAUGUAGCAAUUUUUAUAUGUUUUUCGUAUGUUGUUAUACUGAAGAUGAUGAAUUCGAAACGGGUUGUCCCAGAUGCUUUAGGUACCGCUGGGAGUACCUAGGUGAAUUUAGUGUCUUGUUUUUAUGAAUCUUGUUAGCCUAUAUAUUGUUGUCAGUAAACCUUGAGGACAGUCAGAUGUUCAGGUGGAAUAAAUUAUUAGAUUUA